GCUGUAGAAAACUGUAAGACCCGAAUGGAAAACAGUCAACUUACCUUGGACCAAAACUUCUCUUUACAAUCUGUUUUAAGUUUAGCUUUCACUGUUCAAAGUGACCUUUGAUUUUUCCUGGGUUUUCUUCUUUUUUCCCCUUUUCUGGGAAUCAUCUCAGUUUCAAGGUGACAAAAAUGAGUGAUUCUGAUGAUAUCGCAGCUGAUUUGAUCCUCUUAGAAUCCCAACGGAAAGGCCUAAUAAACACCCUGGAAAAGCUCCAGUGUGGUUCUUCUUUAGUCCCUUCCCUCACCCUUCAAUGCCAAAAGAUCCAUCAACUCUCCAACUCCAUCCAAAAUGCAAUCCAAACCCGUUUCGAAUUGCUCCGAUCCAAAGAUAUUGAGAUAGAGAAUAGACUCAAGGAUCUUGAAUUGAGGGAAAAUGAAGUGGGUAAACGUUCAAAAGAUAAACUUCACGAGGUGUUGAUCGGAGAAGGUUCAUCUUUACUGGAUUUACGGUUUAUUGUCAGCUCCGAUGGUGAAAGAUUGUUGAUGUUCUUGAACGCUCAUGGAAAUGAACACGAAAAGCUUGCCGAUGAGGUUUAUAACGUACUCAAAAUGUCUAAAAAUCCUGCAAAAUUGGUUUGGCAGGGUGUUAAGAGGGUUUUCAUGGAGCAAAGAAAUGUUGGGGUUGAGAAAAAAUUGGAGAGGCGAAGUUGUUUGGUUUUGUUGGAGGGAUUGAUGAGGGUUGGGACUCAGUUUAACAAAAGAACUAAAAAUGAAGCAACUUCAGCUGCAAAAGCAUGGAAGGUGAAGAUGGGGAUGGAGGGUGAGGAUACUUUACUGUUUUUGAUGCUUGUGGGUGCUUUUGGAUUGCAGGGCCAGUUUAAUUCCAAUGAAAUUAGGAGUCUUUUUGAGAGGGUUGCACAGAAUAAGCAAGCUUCCUUGUUGGGUCAUAAUCUUGGAUUGUUUGAGAAGGCUGCCCCUGAGAGCUGCAUCCUCCAUUCUCAAGGAAAGACGGUGCAAUCGGGUGAGGUUUCGAACGUGACGUCCGAGACAAUAAAUGAUACAAAGAUUAAUUAUUCCUCUACACCUUCAGCUGAUUUGAGAUUUAUUGCAAGUACAGAUGCUGAUAGGUUGUUGAUGUUUUUGAAUGAACAUGAGAACAAUGACAGGAUUGGUAUUGAUGUUUACAAUGCACUCAAAGUGUCCAAUAAACCGGCGAAAUUGGUUUUGAAUGUAGUUAAAGCUGGAAUUUCAGGGAAGACAAAUGUGGGAAUUGAUAAAGGGGUGGUCAAGAACAGUUGUAUAAUUCUGUUAGAGCAGUUGAUGAGAUUGAGGCCAGUAAUUAGUCAGAAACUGAGGAAAAAAGCUCUGAAGGUAGCACAAAUAUGGAAAGGAAGUAUAAGAAAUAAUAGCAAUUAUGAUAAAGAGAUUUUGGUCUUUCUGAUGCUUGUGGGUGCUUAUGGAUUGACGAGUGAAUUUAAUUCCAAAGAAAUUGAGAGUCUGUUUCAGUGUGUUUCUCAGCAUAAACAGGCUCCUAUAUUGAGUCCUAUGCUCGGUUCACUUGACCAAAACUUGGUGAGAGGUAUCCACCAUUCUCCAGUAAAAAUUGAGCAGUCCGAAGCAGACAAUUUUCAAUUGGAUAGCUUCGUUCCUUCUGAACAAAAGUUUGAGCAGCAUAUUGCUUCUUCGACUACUAUGUCUUGGCCUGAGCUAAGGUUUCUUAGUAUCAAUAUGAAUGCAAGAGGCUUAAUAUUAUUUCUGUCUGAGUGUGUGGAAGAUCAUAAUCUAAUGCGAGGUGAAAUCUCUGAUGCUUUUCAAUUGGCCUCGGAUCCUGCAAAACUAGUAUUAGAAACAUCAUCAUAUUUUUAUCGUUCAAAGUCAGGGGAUGGGUUUAAGGGUGUAGCCUUAUCUAAUGCAAGAAAGAGUUGUAUUCUUUUGUUGGAGCAGUUAAUGGCAUGUUCAGUCCAGAUUGAACCACAUGUGAAUGAAGAAGCCUUGAAGUUAGCAGUCGAGUGGAAAGAAAGAAUGGAAGAGAAGUACCCUCAAGGAGUGAUGGCAUAUGGAUUCUUGCAGUUUAUAAUCACAUACCAGUUGAAGUCUUCUUAUAACGUUGAUGAACUCCUUCGUCUUUUGGUAACCGCAAGUGAGUAUAGACAGUCUCCUGAUUUGUGUCUGGCUCUUGGAUUGGCUGAUAAGAUAUCGAUCCUUAUCGAGACCCUCAUAAAUAAUAAUCUACGGCUUGAGGCUAUUGCAUAUAUUUGUUCUUUCGAUCUUGCCGACAAGUUUCCUCCUGCACAACUUCUGAAUGCCCACUUGAAGUAUUCGAAGAUGAGAAAAUCCCGGAUGAAAAAAUCAAAUGUGAAACUGAAUGUGACCAUAGACCAAGAAAUUGCGAUAAUGCGAAGGGUCAUUAAAUGCAUUGCGGAUCACAAGCUUGAAUCUCUAUACCCUCCUCAGGGUCUUGAAAACUACGUUGAGCAUCUGGAAAGGCAGAAAGAACUGGGAAAUGAUACAGCAGAAAGAGGAAAGCAGAAAGAAGUGAAGAAAAACAACUUGUCAAUCCCUUCAACUAAAGAUGAAAUGCAGCAAGAGAGUGAACUUAAUCGGCCCUGCAUCAAUCCGUCAGGCGAGGCUGCACCAAGCCCUUUUGCUAGUGCUGGUGGCAAUUUUCACUUUAAACCAUCACCUCUAGAACAACCAAUUAGCUUUCUUGCUGAUCCAGCCGAGGCUUGUAGUUUGUGGGGCUCGGCUGCUUUUUCUAUGGACACACACUCUUUUAAUCGGCAAUGUGGGUGUGAAAUUGCUGAUAACUGGAACUUGGAGAAUUUCACUUCAACAACUAGAGCAGUUGACAGGGCUGCCCCUGGAAGCAGUAUCCAUCAUGCUCAAGUAAAGAUUGACCAAUGUCAAUCAGACAAUUCUAAUUGGGAUGCCUUUGUUCCUUCUGAAGCAAAGUAUGAGCAGUAUAAAGCUUGUUCAUCUAGUGAUUAUGGGAUUGAUCUACAAUCUUUUAGUACCAGUAUGGAUUCAAUGGGUUUAAUAUUGUUUCUAUGCAAGCAAGUGGAUGAUCAUGAUUUAAUGCGCUCUGAAAUUUCUGAUGCUCUUCAAUUGGCCCCGGAUCCUGCAAAACUUGUUUUGGAUGCAAUAUCAGCUUUUUAUGAAUCAAAGUCCAGGAAUGCUCCUAAAAAGAAGUCUGGGAAUGAGUUUAAUUCUCAACUCUUACACAGUGUGAGAAAAAGUUGCAUUCUUUUGUUGGAGCAGUUAAGGACAUUUCCAUUCCUGAUUGAACCCCAUGUGAAUGAAGAAGUUUUGAAGUUGGCAGUUGAUUGGAAAGAAAGAGCGCAAAAGUGCCUGAAAGGCGUGAUGGCCUAUGGUUUCUUGCAGCUGACAGUCACCUACUCUUUGAUCUCCGAUUAUGACGUGAACGAGCUUCUUGGUCUUUUGGUGAUUGCAAGCGAGUAUCAACAGUCUCCUGAACUGUGCAUGGCUCUUGGUUUGACAGAGAAGAUUCGCGUCUUGAUUGAAACCCUCGUACAAAGAAACCUACGGCUCGAGGCUAUCGGGUACGUAUGUGCAUUCGAUCUUGUCGACAAGUUCCCACCUGCACAGAUGCUGAAAGCUCACUUGGAAUAUUCCAAGCAGAGUUUACACCAACAGGCCCAAAAAUCACAUUGGAAAUGGCAUCAAAUUAUAGAUCACAAAAUAGCUGCAGUGAGAAAAGUGAUAAGAUGCAUUGCCGAUCACAAUCUCGAAUCACUUUACCCGCCUAACGAUCUUGAAGACUACAUUAAACAGCUGGAAAAGCAGAAGGAGGAUCGAAAUGAUGCUGCACGAAAGGAGAAGCAGAAAAGAGUCCGGAAAAAAACUCCAAAAGCCUCGUCUGCCAAUACAAAAACACACGAGUCUGGAACUUCGCUAUCUUCCCCAACCACUUCUACUGCUGGUUCCACAGCUAAACUGUCACCUUUGCAACUACUCGAAAGCUUCUUUCCAGAUCAAGCAGUGUCACGUGGGUUAUGGGACACUGCAACUUACUCUACAAACUUGAACUUAUUAAGCGAUAAUCAGCAAGCGGAUGCAGCCUCCAUUGAAGGUAACUAGAGCUCAAACUUGGACUGAAAUGAGCAAGCUCCAUGGAUAUUUUGUGCUAUGAGGUUCUCUGUCUGCUUUAAUAUUUUGAUUUGUAAGAUCAUGGAUGAUGGAACUUUGCAGGACAGGUAUAUUACUAGAAUUAUAUAAACGAGGGUUUGUCUA